UAAAGAUUUUUCUAAGCCAUUCUCGUAAAGACUGAAAUCGGUUCCAGACGAUGUUUCCCCUGCAGAAAAGCAGAAAGCAUGAAACUUCGAUGCGGGGACUUGGAAAUUCGAUCGAAAGACAAAGGAACUGGGUAAUAGCUGUUAUAGUUCGCCCUCCGAUCUAAAAUUAAUAGCCAUAGUUUCUAGAUUUUGCUAUCUGGAUUUGUUUUGCGCUUAACGUUACUGGAAAAGAACGAUGGCUGAGAAUGGUGUUGUGAACGGAAUUAGGGCGAUGCUGGAGGAAGCAGAGGCUCCCGUAACCGAGAAGUGUUGCAUCUACAAAGUGCCCUUUGAUAUCCGCAAACUCAACGAAGAAGCCUACACCCCAAAGGUUGUUUCUAUAGGCCCUUUUCACCACAAUAGCCCUCACCUCCAGAACAUGGAAAGACACAAACUCAUUUACUGCAAGGCUUUUCUUGAACGAUACCAAAUAAGUUUGGAGAGCUGGAUCCACUACAUAGAAAGGGUGGAGCACGAAUUUCGCAGUUGUUAUUCCGAAACCCUUCACUUCACCAAGGAGGAACUGGUGAGGAUCAUCUUUGUGGAUUGUGGUUUUAUAUUUGAACUGUUUUGGUGUAUCUUUUAUGAUGAAUGGUUGGGGAAGAACAACGCCUUUCUCAUGAAACCUUGGUUAGCUACUAAUAUAAGAUUAGAUCUGUUGCUGCUUGAAAACCAACUUCCCUUUUUUGUUCUUGAAAACCUCUUCAAUCUCUCCUUCGCCUCUGCACCUGCUGCUGCUACUAACAGAAAAAUCCCUUCAUUUCUUGAGUUAACCUUUGACUACUUUAUCUAUUACAAUAGAUCCAAAUUGACAUCUCAGAAUAUUCGCAUAAUGCACUUCACGGAUCUCAUAAGAACAUUUCACUUGCAAUACCCUUUGCAACACCGGAUUGAGACUGAUGAAUCGAUAAUGCAUCUUCCAAGUGCUACUGAGUUAUCAGAGGCAGGUGUGAAGUUUAAGGUGGACACCCAAAGUGACUGCUUACUAGACUUGAGAUUUUCUGGGCGGGUUCUUCAAAUCCCACAGUUGAAAGUGGAAGAUUGGACUGAACGUUUGUUUCGCAACAUGGUGGCUUUGGAGCAGUGUCAUUAUCCUGAACAAUCCUAUAUUACAGAUUAUGUUGCUAUAUUGGACUUUCUUGUGAACACCAGCAGAGAUGUGGACUUACUUGUUCGAAAGAGAGUGCUGGUGAACUGGCUAGGGGAGAGUGAUUCUGUGGCUAACAUGUUUAAUGGUCUUUGGAAAAACAUCACUCAUAUAAAUCUCAAUGCUCAGUACUUUCUUCUCUGCAAUGACUUGAAUGCUUUUUCUAGAAACCCUUUGAAUCAAUUGAAGUCCACUCUGAGGCGGGAUUAUUGUAACACUCCUUGGCAAACCGCUGUUUCCGUUGCUGGAAUUGUUCUCCUUGUUCUCUCUUUGGUUGAAGCAGUUUGUUCUAUCUUGCAAACAGUGUAGCAGCAAUAGAAUAUGCCUCCUCCACGACAAGACUUCUCAAUUUCGAUCAUUGUUAAAUGCUGAGUCAUUGCGUUCCUUUUCUCUGGAAAUGUUUGGAUGGUUUUCUUAUCUAGAUGUUGUAUCAGAUUGAUUUAGUCUUUUGCUGAUUUCUUCAUCACGAUGGGGAUGAUGCAUAUGCAUGAAGUUCAGUGCUCUUGUGCUAGACUGUGGUGCAAACUAUGAUUUAAUGAUGCUAAUUCUUUCUCAGCUAGAGGGUUGUUGUUUUGUGGUUUCACUACAUAUUCACAAUUUCAUACAGUUGAAGUUAGGAAAAUAGUUAUGUUUGUGUGUGGUUUAAACUAUUUAUUAACCAUGUCUUUCUAGCAACAUAUGAACCUCUAGAACAUUAAAAACAAAAGAGUUUUGUGAGAGUUGUUUAGAAAGGUAAUCUAAGAUUAU